UCAUCAGUUUUUGAGUAGCUCACGUGCUGCAUGACGUUUCUCACGAGGAGAAAAAAAUGGCGUAAGGUUCCAUCGCGGUUUACGUUGUGAGGGGAGUGAAGUUAACGCGUGUUUUUUUUCGCCUGACAACUUCUUGAAGCAUAAUUUCACCGCCAAAUUUGCGACAAUGAGCGUGGACGCAUACGGUCCUAGUUCGCAGACAUUGACGUUCCUCGAUACAGAAGAGGGGGCAGAUCUUCUGGGCGCUGAUACUCAAGGUUCAGAGUUUGAUUUCACUGACUUCACGUUACCAUCUCAAACUCAAGCCUCCCAACUCGAAAACGCUUCAACGCACGGAACGAGAGGCCAGCUACACACCGGAGAGCUUUCGUCCAAUGGGUUGGAUGUGACGGCUGCUGGUCAGGCCCUUGGAGAGCUCACCUUUGAGGAGGAUGAGGAGGAUCAAUUCUACACUAAAGACUUGCCUGAAUAUGCUUGCAAGUACUGUGGAAUUCAUGACCCUGGCUGUGUGGUGCAAUGUAACAUCUGCAAACGGUGGUUUUGCAAUGGCAGAGGAAACACUUCUGGCAGCCACAUGGUGAACCACCUGGUGCGGGCAAAGCAUAAAGAGGUGACUCUCCAUCGGGACGGUCCCCUGGGGGAGACUGUGCUGGAAUGUUACUCGUGUGCCUGCCGGAACGUCUUCCUCUUGGGCUUCAUUCCAGCCAAGGCUGACUCUGUGGUGGUUCUUCUAUGUCGUCACCCAUGUGCUGCCCAGUCUUCUCUCAAAGAGACCAGCUGGGAUCCGGACCAGUGGAAGCCACUGAUCCAGGAUCGUUCAUUCCUUCCGUGGCUAGUGCGUGUCCCCCAGGAGAGGGACCAAUUGAGAGCUCGCCAGGUGUCUGCUCAACAGAUGAGUCGCCUGGAAGAGCUCUGGAAGGACAACCUGGAUGCCUCUUUUCAGGACUUGGACAAGCCAGGUGUGGAUGAAGAACCGCAACAGGUUCUCCUCAGGUACGAGGACGGUUAUCAGUACCAGAACAUAUUUGGUCCCCUUGUGAAGAUGGAAGCAGAUUAUGACAAGAAGUUGAAGGAGUCUCAGACACAGGACAAUAUUGAAGUGCGAUGGGACAUUGGUCUCAACAAGAAGAUGAUUGCCUACUUCACCAUCGCAAAGUCUGACACAGAUAUGCGCCUCAUGCACGGUGACGAACUUCGCCUUCGUUACUUGGGCGAGCUCCACAAGCCAUGGUCCGGUGUAGGCCACGUCAUCAAAAUUCCAGACAAUUACAGCGAAGAAGUAGGAAUUGAGAUGAAGACCAACCUGGGUGUGCCAUCCGAAUGCACCUCCCACUUUGUUGUAGACUUUGUGUGGAAAUCAACGUCCUUCGACCGAAUGCAGGCAGCCCUGCGCAAGUUUGCCGUGGACGAAUCAUCUGUCUCGGCCUACAUCUACCACCGUCUCUUGGGCCAUGAGGUGGAGGACGUGGUGAUUCGUUGUGCCCUCCCCAAGCACUUUUCGGCCCCCCAUCUGCCCGAGCUAAACCGCUCCCAAGUUUACGCAGUGAAGCACUCCCUACAGCGACCCCUUUCCCUAAUUCAGGGGCCACCUGGCACAGGCAAGACAGUGACGUCUGCUACCAUAGUGUACCACCUUGUGAAACAGAACAACGGUCCAGUACUCGUUUGUGCUCCCAGCAACAUCGCUGUGGAUCAACUGACGGAGAAGAUCCAUCAAACCAGUCUCAAGGUUGUGCGACUUUGUGCCAAAAGCCGCGAAGCCAUCAACUCCCCCGUGUCGUUUCUAGCGCUGCACAAUCAGAUCAGGAAUAUGGAAGGCCAUUCCGAGCUUCACAAGCUUCAGCAGCUGAAGGAUGAAACUGGAGAACUGUCCUCAUCAGACGAGAAGCGUUACCGCAUGCUCAAGAAGACCUGCGAAAAGGAGCUGCUAGAGGCGGCAGACGUUAUCUGUUGCACCUGCGUGGGAGCUGGAGAUCCUCGUCUGGCACGGUUCAAGUUUCACUCUAUCCUCAUAGAUGAGAGCAUGCAGGCCACGGAGCCAGAGUGCAUGGUUCCAGUUGUGCUUGGAGCAAAGCAAUUAGCCCUGGUUGGUGACCACUGUCAACUAGGUCCAGUGGUCAUGUGCAAGAAGGCAGCCCGUGCUGGUCUAUCUCAGUCCCUGUUUGAACGACUCGUGGUCCUGGGCAUUCGGCCGCUGCGGCUGGAAGUGCAGUACCGCAUGCACCCACAGCUGAGCAAGUUCCCUUCAAACUUCUUCUACGAGGGAUCACUACAGAACGGGGUGUUUGCGGAUGAACGGCGCAUGCACGGUGUGGACUUUCCCUGGCCUCAGCCGGACAAGCCCAUGCUGUUCUAUGCCUGUCAAGGCCAAGAAGAGAUCGCAGGCAGCGGAACUUCUUACCUUAACAGGACUGAGGCUGCGUUGGUGGAGAAGAUUGCGACGCGUUUCCUCAAGAGUUCAGUGAAGCCAGAACAAAUAGGCGUCAUCACCCCUUAUGAGGGCCAGAGGGCAUACUUGGUGCAGCACAUGCAGUACCAGGGUUCUCUGCAUGCCAAGCUGUACCAGGACAUUGAGGUGGCAAGUGUGGAUGCCUUUCAAGGCAGGGAGAAAGACCUCAUAGUUAUGUCCUGCGUGCGUUCAAACGAGCACCAAGGCAUCGGGUUCCUCAACGAUCCGCGACGCCUCAACGUUGCGCUCACUCGGGCUAGGUACGGCAUCAUCAUCGUGGGAAAUCCCAAGGUGCUCUCUAAGCAACCCUUGUGGAACCACCUGCUGACAUUCUACAAAGAGAACAAGGUUCUGGUUGAAGGGCCACUCAACAACCUCAAGGAGAGUGUCAUUCAGUUCAGCAAGCCACGCAAGCUCAUCAAUACUGUGAACCCGGGUGGCCACUUCAUGCACACAACCAUGUUUGAUGCGAGGGAGGCCAUGAUUCCCGGAAGUGUGUACGAUCGCUCCUCUCACCUCAACGGAAAUGCAGCGUGGCCCGUCAUGAAAGAAACGUACCCUGCGGACGCUGCCUUCUUGAGUAGGGCCCACGACCCUCUGUCAUACAUAGGCCCCGAACGGUCCCAGGGCCCUAUGGCCAACCUACCCGUUCCCAUUGGAAUGUUCAUGAACAUGGCUCACAUACCUCCUCGUUUUUACAACCAGCACCAACAAGCCCUUCAAGCAGCCAGGCAGCGCAACAGGGGCAAUGGUCGCAGGCCAGCUACAAACAAGCGUUUCAGUCGAGGUCCCCAGAAUGGUCCUUCUCAGCAUUUGCUCUCUCAACCAGGGUUUAACAGUCAGGAAGGGUUCUCUCAACCCAGUGGAGGGGGCUUAUCUCAGAUGUCCCAGGGUUGCCUGUCUCAACUGUCUCAGGAGAGCAGCAGUUACCUGGCGGAAGAACUACGGUCCCAGGCUGAAGGGAUGCUGUCUCAAGACUCUACGUAUCAGGGGGACCGACACUACUUGGGCUGCCUGGCCCCUGCCCCUUUCUCGCAGCCUUACUGAGUGCGCCCUUAACUGGGGCCCAAGCAUCGAGGGCUGCGCGCAGACAGCGCACGAUGGUGACUACUGAGAUCUGCAGCGGAGGGGAGCAGCACGGACAGGAGCUGCACCGCGGGACGACGACGACCUUCCCCCACCUCUCUUGUGGGGAGAGAGAACAGCUGCGCACACACACACAGCCGGCCACACCCAGGCGGGCCACAGCCAAUAAAAGUGCCCCCUUAACACUCUUUCUCUGGGUGUGCCAUACUCUGAGAGCUGGAGGGGUAGAUCCAACAGGGGAGUCAGGGAAGACGAACCCUUUCAGCUUUCCGAGUUGGCCAGAGUCCAACCCCCAUCUUUUCUCCCUUCCUAUUGCUGUUUCACUCUUUAGUUCCCACCCUUAGUUUCCAGGAAAAGUAUGUGCAAGGUCUCCGCGUAGUUGUGUGCACCAAGUCUGUGCAUGUGGGAUCUUGCUUUAUUUUAUUUUUUCCCGUUGCACCACUUAAUUUCCUGUAGUGAAUACAGUCUUCUGGGGUAAUAAAUUUUCCUUCCCAUGUGUA